AUGCCGCUCGACUACAGCAAAUGGGACGCCCUGGAGCUCAGCGACGAUUCCGAUAUCGAAGUCCAUCCCAACGUCGACAAGAAGUCUUUUAUCCGAGCGAAACAAAGCCAAAUCCACAUGGAGCGUCAGCAGCGCAAGCAGCGCAUGGAGGCGCUCCGGUACGAGGUAGCCCUGCACCAGGUGCUGCUCAAGCGCAUCUCGGCGCUGCUGGCGGCCCUCCAGUCACGCGCCUCCGAGGCUACCACCACGGGGGAACCGGGUCAGCUCGCCUUCCAAGCUGUCAUGGAGUCGGCGGGCGACGCAAAGGAUGACGCCCUGCCGCCCGUGCCCGAGGGCCUCCGCGUGGACCCCAACCAACCCAAGACCUACUCGGCCAUGAUGGCAGGCUUGCUCGACCAGGUCAACAAGGCCAUGGUGGCCAAGCAGCCCGACGACCGCUACACGGCGAUGCUUGAGGAGAUUCGGGUCCACGAGACGCAGGUGCAGACGCUGAUCCGGGAGAGCGGCGACGAGCUGGCCAAGCUGGAGCAGCAGGAGAGGAAGAAAAUUACGAGCGCGGAUAUCCACACGGGCUUCGAUAGCUCUUUUGUGAACAAGACGCCAUCGGCAGGCGGCGAGUCAACAAAGGUCGAGCUGCUCAACCCCGACUACGACCCGUCAAAAGCCAAGUCCACCGGCAAAGACGACGACGAUGACGACGAUGACGGCCAGCCGUCGCCGCUCGCCGAAGAGUUUGGCAAGAUUCAGGCGGGCAACUACUCGGCGAGCCUCGAAUUCCUGGCCAAGCACAGGGAGGUCCUAACGGAGCGGGAGUCGGACGGCCUGCUGAUGAUCGCUUUUGACGAGGCGCUCGAGGGGCGCGAAGAGAGCGCGCAGCAGUACGUGCACCAGGCGCUGCUGCUGCAGUACUGCCGCUCGCUGGGCCGCGACGGCGUGGCGCUCUUCUUCCGGCGCGUCACCGAGAAGGAGCCCAACAACGCCAAGGACGUCUUCUACAAGGACGUGCGGGACACGCACCAGCGGAUCUGCAAGCGCGCGCGCGAGCUCAAGGCCGAGCGCGCCGCCGCGGGGGACGACGGCGAGGCGCAGAUCCAGCUUCACGCCGUCGAGCCGGGCACGGUCAUCGCGAUCAACGUGCCGGAGGCGGACAGCGCGGACCCGGAGGUGAGAGAGGCGCGCGAAAUCUUUGAGGGGUUCAGCGAGGAGAUGCGCGCGGCGCUCGAGACGGGCGAGCUGGAGCAGGUGAACAAGGUGCUGGGCAAGAUGUCCGUGGAGGAGGCGGAGGAGUACGUCAACCUGUUUGGCGAGGCUGGAAUUCUGAGCAUGGAAGAGGAGAUUAUAGAUGGGACGACGGCCGAGGGCAGACAGAAGAUCGAGGCGCUGGAAGCCAAGCACAGCGCAGAGAAAGCAGCGGAGGAAACGGCGGGAGUGACGAGUGAUCCGGAGUAG